CGAAGUGUAAAUAACCCAGAGGAGGCGCGCGGCGACUAAGAUGAGAGGCAAAAACGAUGCUCUGAGUCAGACACGUUCAUGAGACAAGCCCAGCCCAUCGUGGACCACACCUUGAAGUGAAUACAUUUGAUAAACAUCCAAGGUCAGAGGGGAAGCUCAUGUGCUGAAUAACUAAUGGGGUUGUUUGAUAAGUUGGCCUCAUGGCUGGGGCUGAAGAAGGAGGUGAAUGUGCUCUGUCUGGGUCUGGACAACAGCGGAAAAACUACUAUUAUCAACCAGCUCAAACCCUCAAAUGCCCAGACCCAAGACAUUGUCCCUACAAUUGGUUUUAACAUUGAAAAAUUCAAGACUUCCAGUCUGUCCUUCACUGUGUUUGAUAUGUCUGGCCAAGGCAGGUACCGAAACCUUUGGGAGCACUAUUAUAAGGAGGGCCAGGCUAUAAUAUUUGUCAUUGAUAGUGCGGACAAGCUGAGGAUGGUUGUGGCUAAAGAGGAACUUGACACACUACUCAAUCACCCAGAUGUCAAACAUAGGCGGAUCCCAAUUCUGUUUUUUGCAAACAAGAUGGAUGUACGAGAUUCACUUACUUCAGUCAAAGUCUCACAACUGCUCUGUCUGGAAAACAUCAAAGAUAAACCAUGGCAUAUCUGUGCCACCAAUGCUUUGAAAGGUGAAGGUCUACAGGAGGGUGUCGACUGGCUUCAAGAUCAAAUCAAAACAACGAGAACGUGAGGUCCUGAAGAGCAAGACUGACAAGCCGAACUAUAAAUGAAAUAAUAUAGAUUAUUUUAGGUACAGCAAUAUGUAUGUGAUCCAACAUGAUAUUUAAAAGGAAAGGCAUUUCUGUUGAAACAACAUUUUUUACUUUCUGUCAAAUCAGAUUUUGUCUUAUACUCACUUCAUCCAUAAUUAACCGUAUCUACAAUGUAUAACAGCUAAACAUUGACAUCAGUUGCACUUUUCUCUAUGUGACAUUUGGACAUAAACUACAUUCCUUUUAUACCUACUGAAUAUGAAUAUCUUGUGCCAGUUGCCUGUUUUCAUCAGGGCUGGAUUGAGCAUGUAAUAAAACCUUUUAAAAUGUUACAUAUAUGAAGAUGAGUGCAUUCCGAUGCUAACUGCUGUGCUAAGACUACAUAUUGUUUGUUAAAACUGCAUAAUGCCCAGCUCUUCGUUGUUUUGUUACUUAAAAGUUGUUAAAAACUGCAGAAAGAGAACAUAUUUAAGCUGUAAAUAAUAUUGAGGGUUUACUCCAACGGUAAAGGUAACAAAUGAUGUGUCAUAAUUUUUGUGUAUAUUUGGAUUUUUCAUGUAGUUUUUAUCUUGGCCUUAUUUUACUACAGAUGUUUUUUGUUGAUUAGAUGAAAUGUAAAGGUAUCACAAGCAGUUUUAUUUUAAAAUCCGUAAUUAGAAGGACAAAUCUUGAAUGUAACAAAUUCUCUUUAGCUUUAAAAUAAAUUUUCCCAACCAGUGACAAGAUAGAAUAGAACUGCUUGUAUUUUUUA